GUCACAGACUCAGGGGCAGAUUUACAUUUUAACCUAACGGCGGGUGGGCUGAAUAUAAAAAAAACCUGCAGAAAAUAACCCAGUCUCCCUCCCCCAUAACACAUUUGCAACAACAGCAUCAUUCCUUCCCAAUUAAACGAAUCCAGGUACUUAAAGUUGAUCUGCGAACGGGGCAAAGAAAAAAAGCAAGGCACUUUCGUGCAGCGUUUGGAGAGAGGAAGAAAAGGCGGAAGUUUGAUGCUUUAAUUAUUUAGAAAAAAUAUAUAUAAAAGAGGCAGACAGAUGUGAGGCGGGUCCACGUGGUUUUUUUCAGACAUAGAGAUCUAUUGUUCAGAUCAAUAAAAAGGCAGAGUCUGAGGGAGAAAAGGAGACAAAUCUUUGGAUUUAAAACCCGGCAGAAAGAAAAAAAGAAAACAAAAAAUAUACAUAUAUUUUACGACUUUCAAUCAAGUUGGUGGAUAUUUGAUCACCUGGAGAAAGAGUUAAAUUUGCUUUUAAAGGAAAACUAGAAGGAUUUUUUUUUGCUCAAAGGGGGAAACGAAUUUUUUUUUUGUUUGUUGUUGCUGCUUGAGAAAAGAUGCCUCGCAAGAAGGUGGAGAAGAAGAAAAUAAAAGGUGGAAGGAAGAGGGAAAGGGACUUCAGCGAUGAAGAGGAGCUGGAAUUGGAGAACUCGGGCAAGAAGAUGGGCAAGCCGGCCCUGCAGACCGUCAACGAGCCCGAGGAGACCAAGGAGAAAAUAAAACUAGAAGGAUCCAAGCAUAAAGGUCAGCUUCUUAUCUGUGGAGCCACAAACUGGGAUUUGAUUGGCCGUAAAGAAGUUCCCAAGCAACAAGCUGCGUACCGCAACUUGGGGCAGAAUUUGUGGGGUCCAAAUCGGUAUGGCUGCCUGUCGGGAAUACGUGUGCGGACAGUGUCAUCAGGAUCCUGUGCUGCUCACAAUCUCAUCAUUACUACGGAGGGAAAGAUCUGGAGCUGGGGUCGAGGUGAGAAAGGGCAGCUUGGACAUGGAGACACAAAGCGAGGAGAGGUCCCCAGACUGAUUGAUGCUCUCAAAGAUCAGACAAUUGUUGCAGGAGCCUGUGGACGUAAUCACAGUCUCUGUUUAACAGAAAAUGGAACAGUUUAUGCCUUUGGUGAGAACAAAAUGGGACAGCUUGGCCUUGGAAACCAGACUGAAGCAGAGCCUUGCCCUGCACAGAUUAUGUACAAUGGCCAGCCAAUUGUGAAAAUUGCCUGUGGUGCAGAAUUCAGUAUGAUCGCUGACUGCAAAGGGAACCUUUAUUCUUUUGGCCAUCCGGAAUAUGGACAGCUUGGUCACAACUCUGAUGGGAAAUUCAUUGCUCGGGCCCAGAGAAUUGAGUUUGACUGCGAGGUGGUACCACGGCGGGUGGCCAUCUUUCUGGAGAAGACCAAGGAUGGUCAAAUUUUACCAGUGCCAAAUGUUGUUGUCCGUGAAGUGGCUUGUGGAGCAAACCAUACGAUUGCUCUUGAUUCUCAGAAGAGGGUGUUCACUUGGGGCUUUGGAGGAUACGGUCGCCUUGGACAUUCUGAACAGAAGGAUGAGAUGGUCCCACGCCUUGUUAAAUUGUUUGACUUCCCUGGUCGUGGUGCUGUACAGAUCUGCGCAGGAAACACCUGUUCGUUCGCAGUCAGUGAGAUGGGUGGCUUGUUCUUCUGGGGUGCAACCAACACCUCUCGGGAUUGCACAAUGUAUCCCAAAGUGGUGCAGGACCUGUGUGGGUGGAAGGUUCGAAGCCUUUCUAGUGGGAAAAGCAGCAUCAUUGUGGCAGCUGAUGAGAGCACAAUCAGCUGGGGACCAUCGCCUACUUUUGGAGAACUGGGCUAUGGAGACAACAAACCCAAAUCCUCCACUACUGCACAGGAGAUAAAGACCUUGGAUGGUGUUUAUAUUGAGCAGGUUGCUAUGGGCCAUGCUCAUUCACUGAUGAUAGCAAGAGAUGAAAGUGAAGCAGAAAAAGAGAGGAUUAAGAAGUUGCCUGAAUAUAACCCACGGAUUAUCUGAUGUAGCCUGAGCAGCCACACAUGAAAGCUUCACUUGAACAAAGGCAGCUGAAGUUUACAGUGCACUGGUCAAUGAGAUAAAAAAAAAUCCACACUGAACAGGGAGCCAGGCAAUGGACAACAUCUUAGAAAGAGAUUUUCCAAUUCAUAAAAAAUAUUAGUGGUACUUACACGAUCACAAUUACAAAUGCAGCUAUGUAGUGUUUCCAGAGCAACUGAUUUAACAAUGCACGCAGAUAGUUAAUUUUACUUGUGUUCUUUGGCCAUUGCAUUACUAUUUGUUUGGUUAAGGCUAAUUCCUAUUGAUGUAUUGGAACUCCUUGUAUUUUUUUUUAAACCCAGGUUUGGCUCUUUUAAUUGGCCAGUAAGAGUGGUGUAAACAAGCUGAAACAUUUGGAACCCUGACCUUCAAUUAGCUGCGCUAAAUUUAUCAAACUGGCAAGUUUUAACUUCUAACCUUUUAUUUCUGGGCUGGCUAAAUGUUAUGGCCAAUGGAUAUAUUUGUUGUUUGUUAAAUUUAUUCCUCGUUAGUUGUGGUGGGUGCAGGAAUUUUUCAAUAGUUCAACCAACUCCCUUAGUCUAAAUAUGGCAAUCCAUGUUUUCAAACAGUAUAUUUUGGUAGGGCAAGGAGAUACAUGGGUAGUAUGUUGAGAUUCGGUGUAAAAAGGCACUUCUGCUCUGCCCAUGAAGUUUUUUUGGAGGAGUUGUACUUUAGCAAAGACCCCUGGUCACUUUGCAAACUGCUUAGUCUCUUUUGAUAAACUGUGUUUUGAAGAGUCUAAAGAAAAAAAGUUUGCAUUCCAUGCUUUUGACUGCUGUACUUGGAAUUCUGUUUCCACGAGAUUGUGGGUCAUGUUGUAUUGCUGUUGAUAGCAGGUGCACAACAUACCUGUCAACAGCACACAGUGUAAAACUGCCUUACUGUUUCCCAAUUCAUUGCCAAUAUAUUGAUCUGAACUUUGGUGAUUUGCCUAUCAUAAACCCAAGUUAACUUUUCUUCUCGUACCUUAAUUAAGCUUCAUGUUUGGUUACAGUUCUUUAUUUCUGAUAAGCUAAUAGUAGUGAUUUUUUUUUCAGCCCUAGUCCAUUCCCCCAUUUUUUUCUCCUUCAAGGGGAUUAGUGGGUCUCUAGGUCAAAUCUUUGUGCACUAACUUUAUCAGCCCAAAUCUCCACUGUUUUGGUCUUUUUUGUUAGGAAUCAUUGCAGUCUUGAGACUUCAAAACUCUCUCAUUUGUAUAUGUUUGGGAUUAAACCAUUUUUUUGGCUGUUUUUCUGAUGGGAAGGGGUUUGGAGUGAAAUUGACACUACCGUCAGGAAGAAUUGGAAGGUCCCAAGGAACAUAAUGGAAGGAAACUGCCAAGAUAAAGAAAUGGGGGUCCCAUUUACAUUGAGUACCAAUGGCUUAGCAAUUGUUCAUUAUCUGAUAUCUUUGGUGUUCAGAAAAUGAAUUGGAGCAAUUUUUUUUCAAAAGGUGUUUUAUUGGGUGUAGAACAGUUUCUCCAACUAAAGGCUGUUUUGAGAAUGUAUUUAUAUUCUGAAUACAGCCUAUCCCCUUAUUGGCAAAGCUUAUAUGGACACGAUGGGUAUGAUAAACAUAUUGACUUUUCUUAUAGCAUUAGUCCCAAUUUUUCAUGUUAAAAUCUGCAUACUGCAGCCUCAUUAUUUUGUUCUUACUCCUGACAAACCAAGGGCAUUAGGAUUAGUUGUCAUUCAUUUAAACUGUGCCGCACGAAUGAGACCAAACAAACAGAUCCUCAUAUAGUAAACUCAAAUGUUUUUCUCAUUUCUCUGUUAAUUACCAGAGUUUCAAUGCUUGUCCUCCUUUGGCAUCUCUUCCAUUACUUUGUGGCCUGAGUAGCUGUAAUGUGUGCAAUAUUGACAGUUUCUGAAUGGUGCCACUACAUUGAUGUUACAGCAUGGCCAUCUUUACACACUCAAGUAAGUGUGGUUCUUGCUGGGGUCAUUCAGAAAACCAUGCGGCUGAUUCUACUUUAACAAAACUAUGCCCGCGAGACUUUAAAGCUGGUUCUUGUGGCCUUUGAACAGGAUAAAAAAUAUUCUACAUAAAGCUUUCUAUUUGAAGGAUGCAAUAGUAGAAAAAUGGGAUUUACUGCACAGGAUCUCUUCAGCACUUGGUUCAGCCACCACAGACUCAUAAUGAUUAGUAGUUACCCUGUUUUUCAUCAUGUAAGCCUUGAAAUGUAUUAAGAAAAAUUUAAACUGAUUUGGUCUUCUGAUGCCCAGGUGCUGGAAGAACCUUAAUGAUUUGGUUAUAUCAUUCCAUAAACAGUGCUGGUAAGAUGAAGGAUUCAGACUAAUAUAUUUAGCAAUUGUGGUUUGGCAGAACCACAACUUGUUCACAAUUUUGUACUCCUGUUGCUAUUGCUUCAUGAUAUCUGGGUCAGCAGUGGUGACUUCUCUUUUUAUGAUGCAGCCUCUGACAAAAGGUGGCGCAGGCAUCUUAAUGCUAGCAGUGUUGACAUGUCUUGUCUUACCUUUAGCAUUGGGGAUGCUUCAAGCUGGGCAGCCUUUCUAUAAAGAAACUGAAAAUUGGCUGCCACGUCAGAAUUUAAAAUUGCACCAAUGUCGAAGUUGUGUGCAAACAAUCGCAUAUUUAAAUCUUAGAAAAGCACAUCUUAAGUUUCCUGAUUUUGGCCUUUUGAAGAAGUGAAGCAAAAUUCUGUUUUGUAAAAUGGUGAAUAAGUUCUCCUAACAUUUAAUGCUUUUUCCUCCUCAGUUUUAAUUUAUCAGUUACUUUGUCCGCCUUCAUGCUGGACUGUCUGACUUUAAUUGUCCCCUCUCUUGGGAUUGUGAAACCCUGCUAAGCCACCAUGCUAAAAGCUGAUAGUGCUGUGAAGGGGAGUAUGUGUUUUUUUUAAAAUAUUGAUCCUUUAUCUGCAGUGGGACUUAAUAACCCUGUGUGAUUCUAUUGCAUUCAUGUUUUCCUGAAACAGCCAAUGUUUAAAUAUCCAAGAUGGCAAACAUGAAAAGUUGGCCCAAAUUUUUACUCUUCUUUUUCUUCUGGUUUCAAAGGUCCAGCCUUUAUAGCAUUGGGUAUAGAUGUACCACAGAACUUUGCAGGUGCAAGUUGCACAGACAGUGUAUUGCACCAGUAGCUGUGAGUAUGCACUCUUUUCUGUAAGUGUUGCAUGGUAUUCCACCAGACUAUCUCAAAAAUAAAGUAACUUCAUUAACUUUGGAAUUGCUGCUAUCUUUCAAAUACUGAGCUAGCUGGAAUUUGGAUAUAAAAUGAUUAGCAUAGUUAGACUUAGUGCAAGAUAACAGUGUUGUCCUUUGGGAAGUUUGAACCUGUUUUCUUAAAUGUUUCUCCUUGGGGUAAAUGCAAGCUGUUGAUGCCGUUCGGUGUCUUGUAUGCCAAAUGGCCUGUAAUCAGCUGUACUUGUUAUUACAGAACAUAAAUAUUCCUUGUGCUUGUACAGAAAAGUUUGAGUUACUCACUCCAGAUAUGUACAACCUGAUCGUGUCCAUUUAAAUUUUGAUACUGGGAGUCCAGCUGGUCUUUAAACAAGACUCACUUGUCCAUUUCAAUUGUCCAAAUUUAGAAAAGCAUAUAUUCAGGUAAAGUUAUAAGUUCAUCUUUUUAAAAAAAAAAAAAAAAUAUCUUUUGGAAAAGAUGUUGACCAAGACUUGAAGCUAUUGUAGUUCAAACUCUUCUCACUAAACCUCACAACAGCACAAAAUGCUUUUGGGGGGAAGAAUUGUUGGGGGAAUAGGGGCUUGAUUUUUUUUGUCCUCCUUCAGCUGUUACCCCAAAGGAGAACAAUUCUGAAUUGUUCAUUGUGUUACUAUUGUGCCUAGGGAAUUCCACUGUGUUUAAUGGCUUCCCAGUCAUCUCAAAACGACGAAUAAAAUUGAAUAUUUGCAAAUUUUUGACAUUUUCCAAGUAGAGGUGAACUGUCAGCUUGUUUAGUAAGAUGGAUGGGUGGGGAGGGAGCAUCUCCUUUUCAUUCUGGUUAAUAGUGACUAGCUUCUUGGCAUCAUUAGGUUUAGAAAGUGAUUUUGUAGCAAAUUAGUUGCCUGUUCAGUGCUGUAAACCUUUUUUCCUUUUUUUUACUUUUGUAUUUUCUGCAAUAAAUUGAAUAAAUUUUGCCUCGUGUUUCCUUCCACU